UUGAAGUUUUUGAAGGGAUACACAAUGAAUGGAUUUCAUUCUAUGGUGGGACUGCUGGUCCUCAUUAUUGUUCAGAGCAGCUGGCAAAUCCCACUGCAGGAAACAGAUGACAGCUCCAGCUUUCUCACAGACGACACACUGUUGAAUGAACCAAGGGAUCUUACAAAUGUGAAGAGACACUCACAAGGGACAUUCACUAAUGAUUACAGUAAAUAUCUGGAGACAAGGCGAGCACAGGACUUUGUUCAGUGGUUAAUGAACUCCAAAAGGAACGGAAGUCCUUCGAAACGCCAUGCCGAUGGUACCUACACCAGUGAUAUCAGUUCUUACCUGCAAGACCAGGCUGCCAAGGAGUUUGUCUCUUGGCUGAAGACAGCACAAGCCAGACGAGAAUUUUCAGAGAAAUACUGGGGACAUGAUGCAGUGCAUAGAAGACAUGUAGAUGGAAGCUUCACCAGCGAUGUACACAAUGCUCUAGAUAGCAUUGCUGCUAAGGAAUUUUUACUCUGGGUCAUGAAUUCUAAACCUUCAGAAGCAAGGUAACCAUUUACAAUACUAAGUCAUAUCACAUGGUAAAUGUAAAAUGGAGUAAUAUGUAACAUUGAUUUUUAACAUUGUCACAUCAGAAUAACAUUUUGCUCAUAAGUAAUAAAUUAACAUCCUAUUUCUUUUUCAGCAACCCACAAAACUGACACCAGUGAUGGAAAAAUCAUGCUUCCUCAGACCAGAAAAUUUAGGUGCUGCACUUAAACUGAAAAGCCUUUAUAGUCUGCAUCCUACAGACACUGUGUUACUUAAAAGCCAUAUUACUUAGACUGCAAUGAAGAAAAAUUAAUGGAAUCUUUGUGAAUGUUUCGCUUUUAAGUUAUGAAUUGUGUAUCUUCCAAAAGGCCUCGAAUAUUUUUAUAAAGCCAUAUUUUGUAUGUUUAUGCACUGAGAAAAAUAAUGCAAAUAUUACUAAAACUCAGGUUACUCAGGCUAGCCUUGCUUACUUACUCUUACUUGCCAUAGCAAAUUUGUUUGUGAAGAUUGUAUCAAAAUGCAAAGAAUAUGCUUUAAUGGUAUACUGUUGUGCAAAAUAAAUAUUGUCAUGAUAUAGCUAAUCACUU